AUGGCAAUUAUAUUAUUAUUUGUGCUACUAGACAAAGGAUCUGUUAAUGGCCUCUUGAGGAUUGGUGAAAUUAACAAACUCCACGACCCCAAUCUAGAAAAUAUAACUACUUAUUGGACAAUUUCCACUGUAAUUGAAUCUCUAAUAUAUACAUCGUCAUUAGUAAUGAGUGGUUAUUGCAUUUUUCUAAUUACAAGAAUUAAAAUGCACAGUAACAGCCCCGUAUAA